AUGACGUUGAAAAAUACGCCGCCAAGUGAGGAAGCUCAAAGGCAAGCGUACGUGGCGCUUUCACAGGUGUUCGUCAAAUACCAACCUCCAGAGCGAGGGCAGGGAGAACCUCAUCCGCCAUUGACAAUAGAGAUCCUGCCCAAAGGUAUCGAUCCGCCGCAGGGACUGUUCAUUCUCGAAGACGAGGAAGAGCGGUCGGUAGGCAUACCAAAGAAAGUGCUUGUCGCUGCCUUCUUGCAUGCGCGACGCAAGUUCAUGGCAACAACUGGAUCUGAGCGCGAAAGCGAGGAAAUGCGCAUCAGCACGAUGGUCAUUCUUCUGUUUGAUCCCGAGUUCCUCACGGCGGCGAACGCUCGGAAGCAGUACCUGCUCAACAUGCUGUCCAUGAAAGAAGCGUACGGGCUAAUGCACAAGACGAUGCUCAAAUUCGCAGUCAGGUCCGAAUUAUGGUUUCUAGACAGCAUUCUAACAUCGCCAUUGCACCGGCAGAGCAAGUCUCCCACGCUUUGGUAUCAGAGGGCGUGGGUGUACCACACGUUCGCCGAGCACUGCGAUUUCAUGCUAUCGACCAGAGAGAGCAUUCUGGUGGAGCUAGGUAUCGUGCUGAAAGCGGGCGAGCAGCACCGCCAUAACUACUAUGCAUUCCAAUACGCACGACGCGUCCUACGGCCAGCGCUUGAUCGCGUACCUGAGGAUGUUCGAACGCCUAUUGGAUCUUCCGAUGCGAUCAGCUUGCACCGCGACGUCUUUGAUGGCCUGCUCGCAUGGUGCAAAUCUCACCCUUCUGAUACGUCUGGGUGGUCCUUCUUGUUGUACUGGCUAUCACUGCGUUCGGCCGAACAGGAAGAACUAUGUCGAUGCGCCGUCCGAGCCGUGCUCCAAUUUGCGGUGGCGGUUCGGUGGAAGGGCGAGGCGCUGUGGUCGUUCUUACGAACGAUGUCCAACGUGGACCAGGCUAGCAACGACGCGGGUGACCGGGAUGGAAUGUGGGUUGAGAUUCAUGGUGCGAUGGCUGACUUGUGCCCGACUCUCAUCCGACCGUCCGCGCAAAGUCCAAAGGCACCCGGUGGCUGA